AUGGCGACUGGUGAAUCCUUUCGGUCAUUGGCGUUUUCUUUCAGAAUAUCACAAAGUUACAUUACAAGAAUUAUUAGAUUGGUAUUAAAAUAUUUAAGUAUUCGACUAACACCUAUUUUAUUAAGUCCUCCAACAAAAGAUGGUUUAAAAAUUAUAGCUGAGAACUUUUGGAAAAGAUGGAACUUUCCCAAUUGUGUCGGAGCUAUAGACGGCAAACACAUACGCAUUUUUGCACCAGGAAAAAGUGGCUCUUUGUUUUUUAAUUACAAGGAUUUCUUUUCAAUCGUUCUUCUUGCAAUUGUUGAUGCUAAUUGCAAAUUUAUAUUCGUCGACAUCGGUUCAUACGGCAAAGAAGGUGAUAGUGGAAUUUUCAACAAGUGUGGUAUCUCAGAAGUAACACGGACUGGUGAAUAUUUCCCUCUCCCAGAAAAACUGCGAAAUUCAAAUAUAAAAUUGCCAUACGUACAUAUUGGUGAUGAAGCGUUUCGUUUGGACCGCCAUAUGAUGCGUCCUUAUUCAAAAACGGAAUCAAGAAAAGAUUAUCAAAAAACCGUAUUUAAUUAUCGACUGUCUCGAGCAAGGAGGACUACUGAAAAUAGUUUUGGGCUUUUAUCUCAAGUAUUCCGAGUUUUUUACACACCAAUACCACUGAAAGUAGAGACUGUAGAUUACUUGGUAUUGUCUGCAUGUUGCCUACACAAUCUACUUCGGGAUCGAUAUAUAGAGAACACAAGUUACCAUUAUUACAACUUUGAUCAUAAUGAACCACAACCAUCUACAAAUAUGACGUCACUUGCAAAAACAGGAGGUUUUGCAAAUAUUGAAGGAUUUUGUGUAAGAGAUGAGUUUAAAAAGUUUUUUAAUAGUUCGCAAGGAGAAAUACCUUGGCAACACCACCAAGUUCAACAAAAUGGUUCACUUUAA